AAGCAUAAUAUAAAGAAAUAUGACUUCUGCUGGUCAAUAAUUGAGAUAUUGUGUAAUCAUCAAUAUCCUCAAUUGAAAAAUACUUUUAAAAUCCAAGCUUCCAGAUACUUUUAAAAUCCAAGCUUCCAUCAGUAGGCUAUGAAUACUAGCAGCUUGUACAUAUAAGCAACAUAACCAUAAGCCAAAUAGCAUUUUGAGGAAUUGUCACAGGCUUCCAUGGAAACUCAGCGCUUUGUUGAUUGGAGAGGAAAUCCCAUAAGCAAGAAAAAGCACGGGGGAGUUAGAGCUGCAUUCUUCACCCAAUUCAUGGUGACAAUGACAAACGUUGCUUACAUACCGAGCUCGUUUAACCUGGUGACUUAUCUUCGUGACACCAUGCACACAGGAGUUGCAAAAUCUUCAACCAUGAGCACAAAUUUCAUUGGCAUCUCUUGCGCUUUUGCACUGUUCGGAGCAUUCCUAUCAGAUUCGUACAUCUCUAGAUUCAAAACCAUGCUUAUCUUUGGUCCCUUUGAGUUCUUGGGUUAUGGACUUCUAGCACUGCAAGCACAUUUUCCCUCACUCCAUCCUCCACCCUGCAACACCUCAGGCCAAUUAAACGACUGUCAGCAAGUCCAUGGAUCUAACUUGGUUCUUCUUUACAUAGGACUCUACACAGUUGCUCUUGUAGAAGGCUGCAUGAGAGCAUGCUUAGCAUCUUUUGGCGGAGACCAAUUUGAUAGCGAAGACCCAGUUGAGUCACAACUCCAAUCCAGCUUCUUCAACUGGUUCACGUUUGGUAUUAGCUUAGGAGGUUUCACAGGCCUAAUUCUCAUUGUGUGGCUAGACAACAACAGGGGAUGGGACUAUAGCUUCGGCGUCUCAGCUCUUCUAUUUCUCACAGGACUCUUAGUUCUGGCUAGUGGCUUCCCAUUAUACCGUAUCCAGAGACCGGAAGGAAGCCCUCUAACUCGGAUUUCACAGGUCAUUGUAGCAUCAUUCAGAAAGAGAAACCUCACUUUGCCUGAAACACUAGAAGAACUGCAUCUGGAAGGGAGUAGUGAAAAGAUUUCUCAUACUAAGGGUUUGAGAUUCCUUGACAAAGCUUGUAUAGAUCAUGGAAAAUCCGGAGCCUGGUCAUUGUGCACUGUAACACAGGUGGAGGAAACAAAGAUACUCCUUAGGAUGGUUCCAAUAUUCCUCAUCUCUGUGCUCAACUACACUCCAAUUACCCUGCUCUUAACCUUCACAGUGCAACAAGGAAAUACUAUGAACACCAAAUUCGGGAAGAUCCACAUAUCUCCCAUUAGUCUAUUCAUACUCCCCAUAGUCCUUCAGAUGGUGACCCUUGUAGUCUAUGACCGGUUCUUUGUUCCCUUCGCUAGAAGGAUCACAGGCUUCUCAAGUGGUAUCACUCACUUUCAACGCAUUGGCACCGGUUUUGUGGCAAUAAUCAUAGCAACCGGCAUUGCAGCCAUAGUCGAGAGAAAAAGAUUGAAAAUCAUAGAAGAAAAUGGAUUAGAAGACUUGGGGUCUGGUGUUCCGAUGUCUGUACUUUGGUUGACAGCACAGUUCCUUUUCCUUGGCAUAACUGACGCAACUGCAUUCCCCGGUUUAUUGGAGUUUUUCAAUAGCGAAGCCUCUAGAGGGAUAAAAUCCUUGGGGACUGCAAUAUUUUGGUGCACUCUAGGGUUGGGCUCUUUGAUGGGUACAUUUCUGAUUGACAUAGUGAACAGAGUUACUAGGCAUGGUGCAGGGGGAAGAGGAUGGUUAGAGGGGGACACACUGAACCAGAGUCGUUUGGAUCUCUUUUACUGGUUUCUUUUUGCUCAUGGAGGGGUGUCGUUCUUGAUUUAUUUGUACCUUGCAAAGAGGUAUGUAUACAGGUGUGAUCCUCGCAUUGUUAAUGCCUGGCAUGCUAGCUUGUAGUGCUCCAACUUUCCUAUGGAAGAAAGAUGUAAAGUAUUUCAAUAGUACGUGAAGGAAAAUUAUUAUGUUCUUAAAUAAAAGCAGUUAAUGGAAUAUUAUAAUCAGCAAGAAACACACUUUCCUCAA